AUGGCUCCAAGGCGGAAAGUGUGCAGGCUGCAGCCAGUCAGACGCAGCCAUGACGUCCAGCAGCUGCAGCCUGAAGACAACCAGGACUAUGUGGAGGACCAGGACUAUGUGAACCAGCUGUCCCACGAGCUGCUGUGCCACAUCUUCAGGUAUCUCCCAUUGAAGGACAUCAUCUCCAUGGAGUGUCUGUCCAGAAAGCUGCGUGAAGCCGUGUCCUUGUACCUCCGUGUGCUGCGGGUGGUGGACUUGUGCGCGGGCCGCUGGUGGAAGUACAUGCCCUCAGGCUUCACAGACAGCAGUUUCCACACGCUCCUGAAGAAGAUGCCGGAAGUGGAGCAGCUGUACGGCAUCCACCCUCGGAUCCUGGAGCGGAGGAGGGUGAGGGGCUACGAGGCCUUCAGCAUCCCUGGGCUUCUGGAGGCUCUGCAGGCCUGCCCCAACCUCAUGGGAGUAGAGACCUCUCACCUGGAGUUAGUGGAGGCCAUCUGGAACUACAUGCCGCAAGUACAUAUUCUGGGAAAGUUCCGCAACCGUAAUGGAGCCUUCCCCAUCCCGGCUGAGAACAAGCUGACCCUCCCUGUGACCGCCAAGAUCCAGAGCCUGCACCUCGUGGGAGUGAAUGUUCCGGAGAUCCCCUGCGUGGCCAUGUUACGCCACCUGUCUUUAAAAUGGGUUCGUCUGACCAAACCGCAGCCCUUUAAGGACUUCCUGUGCGUGAACCUCAAGACGUUUGUGAUGAAGAACUGUGCAGGGCCUACAAACUCGCUCAAAUACGUGCCUCUGGUGACGGGGCUGGCCUCGGCUCGCAGCCUGGAGCAGCUGGAGCUGGUCAGGGUGCCGUUUCUGGGAGGACUCAUCCAACAUGUGGUGGAGGACAGCUGGAGGUCAGGGGGAUUCCGGAACCUUCACACCAUCGUGUUUGGCGCCUGUAAGAAUGCUCUGGAAGUGGACCUGGGCUACCUCAUCAUCACGGCAGCACGCAGGCUUCAUGAGCUGCGGAUCCAGCCGUCUCUGACCAAAGACGGGGUGUUCUCUGCCCUGAAGAUGGCAGAGCUGGAGUUCCCCCAGUUUGAGACGCUCCACCUGGGCUACGUGGACGACUUCCUGCUUCAAUGUAAGAUGAGCCACGGCGAGCUGGUGAAGCACGGUUUGGCUGACGUCACAGAGAACCCGGGAAUCAUCACCGACAUCGGACUCAGAGGCGUCAACGAGGUCUUCACCAACAUCAAAUAUCUGGUGGUGUAUAACUGCCCACACCUGCACAACCCCCACAGCUGGAUCACAGAUCAGUGCCGCUGGAACCGCCUAGUCGACCUGACUCUGGUGCGCUGUCAUGCCAUCAAACUGGAGUCGUUCUGUCAGUUCAUAGAGCUUCUGCCCAGCUUAGAGUUCAUCUGCCUCGACCAGAUGUUCAGGGAGCCUCCCAAGGGCUGUGCUCGUGUGGGGCUCAGCGCUGGCACUGGGAUUGGUGUGUCUUCAGCUUUGGUCAGUAAUCAGAAUUCCAAUGAUGACAACAACAACAUCCCUCAGGAAGCACAGGCGCCUGCUGCAGAAGCUGAGGUGAACCUUCAGCAGGAGCAUCAGGCACCUGCUGCAGAAGUUGGAGAGAACCCUCAACAGGAGGCAGAAGCUGCUCCUGCAGAGGCAGCAGCUCCUCCCGACCAAGAGGCUCAGGCUCCUUCAGCAGUUUCCAUAAACCUCCACCACAACGACCAGGACAGAGUUCAGGAGGUGAAUGGAAAGCCUGAGAGAGAGCUGCUGGAGCAGAGUCCUGCUGAAGACAAACCACCUCCAUCCAUGGAUCCAGAGCAAGCAGGUCCCAGUGGUGUAGGACCAACCAGAGCCGAGAAAGCAGCGAUGGUCUCCUCCGACUCUGACAGUGAAGAGGAGGACCGGCCUGGAGCACCUCCUGCCUCCUGCUCUCCUCAACCACAGUCCAGUGUCAUAGGGAAAGGGAAGGCCCCUCUUCGGCGCAGUGCUCACAGUCACGCUCGCAGCACCGCAGAGAAGAGCUGCCAGGUCAGCAGUGAACAGAUCAAAGCAGACAUGAAGGCAGCAGCAGACAAGAGGAAGUACAAGGCUGCGACAUACUUCACCAACAGAAGAGGAGGCCACAGAGGAGGUGUGGGGAGGAGCACAGAGACUGCAGCGGAAGGAGGAGCAGACCCACGAAGAACAGGAGAACAUGGGGCCAGUGGGACAGGGGCCAGUGGGACAGGGGCCGGUGGGACAGGGGCCGGUGGGACAGGGGCCAGUGGGACAGGGGCCAGUGGGACAGGGGCCAGUGGGACAGGGGCCAGUGGCUUAGAAUGUUCCAGGGCACACACUGGGGCACACACUGGGGCACACACUGGGGCGCACACUGGGGCACACACUGGGGCACACACUGGGGCACACACUGGGGCACACACUGGGGCACACACUGGGGCACACACUGGGGCACACACUGGGGCACACACUGGAGCACACACUGGAGCACACACUGGGACACACACUGGGACACACAGACCAGAGGCGUCCAGCUCCCGCAGACCAGUGACCCGUUCGUACUCUCGCAUGUCCUCUGAGGUCCUGCUGCCCGGCACCGGCUUGUCUCAACCAAGACCUCGAGUGUUUGUGAAGAGGAAACGAAAUGUGGACAAAUCCACGAGUACGUCUGACCCGGUCACCGAGGAAGACCACAUACAGGUCCUGAGUCUAAAGAGCAAGAACCUUGUGGGUAUCACGCUCACUAAUUGUGGGAUCACAGACCUGCUCCUGCAGGACUGUCCCAAGAUGAUGUUUGUACACGCCACCAGGUGCCGUGUGCUGAAGCAGCUGCAGGUGGACAGUGCUCCCAUUAUCAACAGAAUGGACUUUGCUCAGUGCAAAAAGCUCAACAUGUCUCAGGUCCUGGACCAGAUCCUCAGGGUUCCUCCAGAGAGGAACCGCAUCAUCUACAUGCGACCCAUGCACCAGAUCGACUCGGUGGCUCUGGAGCAGCAGUUGUUCCAGGGGCCGUACCCCUACCACAUCGCCAUGGUGCACGAGUUCAGCAACCCCCCCAACAUGCGCAACAAGGUGCGCAUCCGCAGCUGGAUGGACACCAUCGCCAACAUCAGUCAAGAACUGAUCAAGUUUGAGUUCUUCCCUGAGGCCACGAGGACAGAGGAGGACGUGAAGAACUUCUGUCGCUACCCCUGGGGCCGGGACAUCUACACUCUGGAAGGUGUAGUGGAUGGCGCCCCCUACAGCAUGAUCACAGACUUCCCGUGGCUGCGGACCCUGAGAACCGCGGACCCCAACAACUACGCUCGCUUCGACUUUGAGGACGAUGAGACGAGUACCAUCUACGCCCCGCGCAGGAAGGGCCAGCUGUCUGCAGACAUCUGCAUGGAGACCAUCGGGGAAGAGAUCUCUGAGCGCAGACAGAACCGCAUCGGUCUGUUCCAGAGAGUCGUGGUCGUGUUCCUGCAUCACUGUGACACUCCAGGGGAGCCGGUGGAGGACGACUACAUCUAG